AUGGGGCCGCGGAAGCCAGCACCGGUUGGCGUUCCUUCAGCAUCUCAUUUACAGCCAGACAAAAGUGAUGGAAGAGCCCCUCAGAGUACGAUGCAGGUACUGGGCGAUGCCUUUGCUUUGUGGUUCGGGUGCUAACCUGCCAGGUCUCUUUGGCCUAACUAGUUGGGCAUGUUGCUUUUGCGAUAUGUUUAUAAAACUUAUACACCACUUGAUUGUAAACAGCCUCAAAAUAGUUUUCAACAAAGAUAAAACACUAGAAUUAUCACAAAGAAAAAUUAGCAACAAUAAGACAUUCAAAAAUUUAAAAGAAUGAUAUACGAAAAAAAAGUGGGUGAUGGGCCCAAAACUUGUACCUUCCCCCCCUUGCUGACACUUGCUGUUUAAUGUUUGGCACAGCUCCAGUUCAGUCGGGAUGCUCCUGCCCUGCCAGAGAACUUGGCUGUCCGCUACAGCAAUCCUCGCCCAAUCAUCAUAGAGAAGCUGGCGCAGCCAGAGGCUAGACGGGAUCCAGGAGCUGGCGAUGGGCUCAGCUCACAGGGCUCCAUGGCAUUUUCCAUUGUCUCUGAAGAGAAGCUCAACUUAGCCGUGCAGCUGGCCAGGAGGGACAUGAAGCGACGGCACCUGGAGGAGCAGGUGAGGCAGCACUUCUCCAAGGGGGAGAAGGGCCCUCUAGCCACCUCUCUUCAGGGAAAGAAGUCUGGCAGUGUAGUUGCAAAGUCUCACUUGAAUUUUGGACGUCAGCCGGGCUGCUGCCCCAAGGUGGAGACUACCAGCUCUGGAGCCAAGGUCUACCUCUACACACCCUCCCGGGUGAAGUCGGACCCUUCUGUCUCUGACUCGCCCCCCACCCGUGAUCCGGGCCCCGGGCCUCCCCCAGCCUUCAAGAGGGAGGAAGACAGAAGCACGCUGGAGGUCAGGCGGCUGCAGAAGGAGCUUCAGAACUACAUCCAGAAGAUUGACGAACUGGUGAGGAGAGGUGAGAGAACUUCAUGGAGGAAAGGGCUCUCAACACCUGCUAGCCAUGAUGACUGUGCUAAGCCUCCAUGGUCAGAGGCAGCAAUGCUUUUUGAGUCCCUCCCCAGAGUUUGGAGGACGUACCCUUUGGGCUCCAGGGAAGGUCUCCUCAUGAGCUGGAGGUGUAGUGGAAUGCUCCCCAUUUAUGUAGGCAUUACGUUCUGGCUCCCUGCACACAAAAGUUAAAUUUGCGUAAAUUGGAAGUCGCUUGUAGUGGUCAAAGUGUCAGACUGUGACCUGGGAAACCAGGGUUCAAAUCCCCCUAUAUGGCUUGGGCCAGUCACUAUCUCUCAGCCUAAACUGCCUUGCCAGGGUUGUGGUGAGGAGGAGAACCAUGCACCACCACCACCUUAAGGUCAUUGGAGGAAAAGGUGGCAUAUAAAUGUAAUAAAUAAAUAACAACAUAAUAACAAAUUUGGACAACUCCUUUCACAUUUCCUCCUGGGGAAGCAGUUCAGAGUUGCCACCUUGAACUGAGUUUUAGCUUUUCGCCUUGGGCGAGGGGAAAGUGCCAUUGGGACAUUUUCUGGAAGUGGAGCUGUUUCCAGGCAGCCUUGUGUCCAACUGGGAGGAAGGUGUCUCUCAACACCCUUCCCUCUCGACUGGGGGUUUUGUGCCAGCUUUUUCUGUUUUCUUCUUCAAAAUUUCCACACCUAUCCCCCUCAUUUGUGUUUGCUAAACAUUUCCCCCCCUCAGAGAGAAGUGAGGAAAUUUUGGAUCCUGAUGAAGAGCGCCGCGUCCAGAUCCGGAGGCAGGAGCAGGCCGUGCGCUCUGCCCGGAUGCUGUAUGUGCUCCAGCAACAGGUCAGAACGAGCCCCAGGGGGCAGCAUGCUAGUAGCUGUGGAGCUGGGUGGAGCGGCCUGGAUUUCAGCUCUGCCUACCUUGGGCAGAAGCUUCUCUGGACGUCAGAACUUCUCACCUGAACCAGCAAACCAAGCACUUUGAAUUCGAGUUUCCUCAUGAUUUAUCUACCUAAUUUGUUUGCAACGUUCUUGAAACAGGUAAAAGAAAUAGAGGAUGACCUGGAGAAGCUGAGCCCUCGUAAAAUAAAGCACACAAAGAAGGUAAGAGAUGGAAAUUGCCCUGGAGAGUCUGUGGGAAGAUCAGUGAGGCAGGCCAGGCUGGAGCCUCCUCAAAAGCGUUGUGGCAGAUUUCUUCUGUAACCACCUCAUUUUUAAAAGAAUUUUAUUAUCAACAAAAAAGAGACAAAGAAUAAAAAUGAUGUGCUUAAUAGACGAAAAUCUAUGAUCCUAUUCAGCUAGGGAUAGACUUCCCCUCUGUUACUACCUUCUGCUUCUGGUGUUUCUGUGAAGCUCUUGCAUCCUUGGCUUCUCUCCUUGACCAGAAAUUACAAAAUUGUAAGGGACCCCAAGGGUCAUCUAUUCCAACUCUAUGCAGGAUUCACAGCUAAAGAAUCCCUGACAGAUGGCUUCCUAAUCUCCCUUUAAAAACCUUCAAUGAAGGAGAAUCUACUACCUUCCAAGGGAGAUCUUUCCACUGUCAAACAGCUCUUCCCAUCGGAACGUUCUUCCUAAUGUUUAGUUGGACUCUCCUUUCUUGUCAUUCAAAUGCUCCCCUCUGGAGCAGCAGAGAGUAAGCCAACCUUUCCAGUUUUGGAAAAGAGCCCUGACUCAGAGCAGCCCUCUCCUCAUGGCUGCCCAGCUAACCUCAGUUCUUUCUCACCCUCCCUCCCUUUGUGAUGCAGUCACGUGCCAUGGCCAGGCUGGCAGCAGCCCACCGGGGAGCCGUCCGGGCCCUGCAGGUCUUUGCCUCCCGUUUUGCUGACCAGCCAGAGGAGCAGCCAGUCCCAGCCCACUGCAAAGAGCUGGGCCACCUCAUCCGGCAGCUCUCCCUCUGCUCCGCCCGCCUUGAGACAGACUCCUCCUCCCUUCCCGACAGAGUCGUUGACCUCCUGCUGCAGAUCGAGGUCAGGUGUCAUUGCUCCUUUGGUUGGUGGGGGGUGUAGCAUUUGCGGCUGAGGAGGGAGAGAUGAGGAGCUCUGCCUCCCAUGGGGAAAUCCAGCCCCCCCACAAAUGAGUCCGGGACCAGUGGAAGGAGGGUAUCACUUCAUGGCCUCCAGGUUUGGGAUACAAGGACAAAGCGGCCACCAUACCUAUUUUAACCUGCUCUUUUGUGGCUAUGCAAAGAACUGAGAUCACCUCCUGGCAGCCUGUUUUGAAGGGAUGUUUGCUACAGCCUUUGUUUUUUAAACGGCUGUUGUAAAAAUGUCAUUUAACAACUAAGGACUGGGUGACCCUGCCCAGUAAUUCAACUCCUCAGAUGGGGCACUGCUGAGAGGUGCGUCACUUUGCAUGCUCCAGAGUUGCACUUGGAAUGGACUAGGAACUGGGCUUUUAGUGUUGUGGUCCCAGCUCUCUGAAAUCGGUUACCAGCUGAAAUUAGACAGAAGGGUUGCCGCUCAGUAGAGCAGCUGUUUCGCCUGCAGAAGGUCCCAGGUUCAAUCCCCAAUGGCAUCUCCAGGUGGGGCUCGGAGUGCAUUUAUCUCUGAAACCCUGGAGGGCGUUUGCUGCCAGUCAGUGUUGACAAUACUGAGCUAGAUGGGCCGUUGAUCUGACUCCAUGUAAGGCAGCUUCCUCCGUUCCUAGAUGAGUAUCUGAUAUUUAGGCAGCUGUUGGAGACAUUUUCAUCAAGUGAAUAACUUGCAAGGACUUAACUAAAGUUCUCUUAAGGCUGAAUAUCAGAGCAAGCUUGAGUGCAGGAUUGCUUGGCAAGCCCUGUGGCUUGUUUAGGGGCUUUCUGUUUGGAGGCAGAUCACGAGAGGGUGUGCCUGAGCUUUGCAGUGAGCCCAUUUUGCAUGUUUAAUCUGAAGUGCAAAUUGUCAUGGCAGGAUUUGGAUUCUCUGCUGUCCAAGAAGGAGUCUCCCAAGAAAGGAGGGCCGAAAGGGAGUCUCUCUAUGUCUCAAGCCGCCUCUGUGAUGGACACAAACCGAUGGCUGAAGAGAGAGAAGAAAGCUGCUGCCUCAGAGCCGAGAAAGCCGCCAGUGGCCAGGAGGCUCCUUCCUGGUGAGUCUUUUGGUUGUUGAGUCUGAAGAGGCUUGGUUGCUUUGCCUGUUUGCACAUGUUUGAGCCAUGAUCUCCCCUGCUGAGGCCUUGUUUUGCCCAUCUAGGCAUUUCCCCCCAUAAUUAUUGUGGGCAGAGGUGCAGUGAGGGAUUCCCAAGCGAGCCCAACCUUGUGGUGUUGUGACUGAUGGUUUGUGGACCGUGAUCCAGCUGUGGUGUCUAGAAAGGGGAAGCUGACUGCGGAGGGAGGUUUGCAAAAAGAAAUACAUUUUUCUAUGAAGAGAGCAGUGAUUUCCAAAGUUGACAGUAGCACCCUCUAGAAGUGGGAUUCCCUAGGAGGGCACUAAGAGGCAAGGCGGCAGCAGGGGGGUGCUGGAAGUGACAGUGACUACCAGACUUUGAAAAGCUGGUAUAGAAUUGUAGAAUUGGAAGGGAUCCUGGGGGGUCAUCUAGUCCAACCGCCUGCUAUGCAGGAAUCUCAAGCAUCCAUGACAGAUGGCCAUCCAACCUCUGCUUAAAAGCCUCCCGUGAAGGAGAAUCCAAGGGAGGUCAUUCCACUGUUGAACAACUCCUACCGACAGAAAGUUAUUCCUAAUGUUGAGUCAGAACUGCCUUUCUUGCCAUUUGAAUGCCAUUGGUUUGGGUCCUCCCCUCUGGAGCAGCAGAAAGCAAGCUUGCUCCAUCUCCCAUGUGGCAGCCCUUCAGAUAUGUGAAGAUGGCUAUCAUAUCAUUUCUCAGUCUCCUCACUGGAUCAAGUUCAGCAAUCUUGCUGCAUUUAAAACUAUUUUCUUUAAUUAAUUCAUUUUGAAAACAUGGGCAAUUAAUUAUUAUUGUUUUGAAUUUUAAUGUGUUAUUACCUUUCUUUAGUGAGUCAUUGCAGAUCAUUAAUCUGAAUCAUGCUUUUUAUAGGUUAGGGUGCGCUGGGGAUGAAUUUAAGGAACUAAGAGGAGAUGGGGUGGCCCAGGAGAGAGAAACCAGCAAAAUGCGCCCCAUAGAUUUUGCUGCCUGUCCAUGGCAUUCAGCCUUUGGGGGCUGCCCCUGAGAGCUUCCAGUUCCUAUGCUCAAGCAGCCUUGUCAUCAUUGCCUUUAGAUGAACAUGAAGGACCCGAUGGGCUUCUGGUGCCUCACAAUCGAAGCAGUCCCUGUGACAUGGCAGCCCUGGAGGGUCUGCCCCCUCCGGAGCGAGAGGUGGUGGGGCAGGCCAAGUGGGAGGCACUGGGGCAUGUGAAGACCAGACCUGGCCCUGAGGUGGGGAGGCCCCCCCGGAAGAGAGGCGUGCUGCUCCCCACCAGACCGCAGGUAGGCAGACGUAUAAUCAUCCGCCCUGUCUUUUGACUUAAUUUUGGGAGCUGCCAGACACUACCUCUGCAAUGCUGUCACGUCUUGGCCUUCACUUCUCCAGAAUUACAGUGGUUGAGGUGAAAGGCGUGUCAUGUUUUGAAGAAACAUGCUUGAGCUGUCUGGAAAUACAUGUUUUUUCCUUACUGUUAUUUAUUUCUCCCAAGGGAAACAGACCCCCUACCAGGGCAAAAAGCAUGCAGCUUCAUCAGGCCAAGCAGGCCCGCUUCCAGGAGCCCACCAUCGCCUUCCGGCUCAAGGAGACAAAGCCGCCCACCCGCGAUAGCCGGGUCCCCUGGGUGCCUCCCAGCCUCUCCUCCCCCCUGGCCUCACCUCAGAGGUAGGUUAGCAUCUCUGCUGAGGCAGCUGUGUGGGAUGGAGUUGGCCAGGUUACCUGAGCAGGGAGCAGCACACAGCAGCCCCUUCUGUACCUGCUGGAAUGUGUGAAGAGACCUUGCCCCACAUCCAGGCCAUAUGGCUCCAUCUAGCUCAGCCUCAUCGGCAUUACCUGGCAGCAGAGGCCGUCCACGGUUCCUGGCAGGGGUCUUUCUCCAAAAGUCAUACCUUGGAGAUGCUGGUGGGGAUUGAACCUGAUACCGUCUGCAUACAAUGUGUAGGCUUUGCUAGGGAGCGACAGUGGCCCUUCCCUAGGAAGAUGCUUAGUCAGGCCCUUGGUCCAUCCAGCUUGGUGUUAUGUAAACAGCUGGUAGAAGCUCUCCAGGGUUUCAGGACCUUUCUCAAUCCUACCUGGAGAUGCUUCUGGGGAUUGAACCUGGCACCUUCGAUUGUGCUAUCCAGGAUUGGUGGGAGUUGUAGUUCAGAACAUCAGGAAGGUACCAGGUUUGGGGAAGGUAGCACUUUUGGACUCCACACAUUGUCCAGUGUGCGAUGCAAAACUUUAGCUACAGCUAAUGCCCAACUUUUCAAGGUUGGAACCACGACUCCAGUAAUAGCAAUUGCUUCUCUCACUUUUUUUUCCCUUCUCUUGCCCAAACCCAAAAUUCCUUGCAGGCACUCGGAGAAAAGUCCCAGAGGCAGGGAGCCAAGGCCAGGGAGAGCGGCAGAGGUGGAAGAAAAGAGUCAAGCAGCCCCAGAAAAGGAAAUGCUCAGGUUGACCUGGGAUCUUGUUUCACUUGGGGCUCCUCUGGUGGAUUUCCCUUUCUCUAAACUUCUCAUGCUAAAUUUGCAGUUACCUGGGAGGGAAGUUCUCUUGGGAAUAUUCUUGCUUUGGGUUUUGAAGGCUCCCCUCAGUGAGAGAACAGUAGGGAGGUGGAGAAAUAGACUCCAGCCUUGGUCAAAAACCCCAAGUGGGAGUGAAGUGGUAAACAUGAAAUGCCAAAUUCUUAUAGAAUUCUCUUGCUUGGACUCCCCGAAAUGCUACCAGGGAUGAUGGUGCCUCUGCAGCCCAGAUAGCGGAGACGGUGGAGCGAGCUGUCCGGGAGCGGCUGGAGCCCCUCUUGGCAAACGCGCAGGUAAGGCAGCAGCCAGGAACCUUCACCCCCACUCCACAGUCUUUGACAUCACUUCCUGUUGAGGACCUCCACCGCAUCUUCUCAUUUAACAGAUGCGCAGCCCAACUUCUGGGGUCUGUCUCCUCCCAAGGCGAAUUACAGCAAGCCAAGCCAAUGCAGCAUUAUUAAGAUUCCGAGUGUUGAAAUAAAAGUAAAAAUUACAAAGGAUGCUACAAUAUUUGGCAUGGUUUUCAAAAAUAAAAAAACCCCAAAAUCACCUGAGUGCAGCCUGGAAAAAUACUUGCUUUGGGGUUUUCAUAAAGGAUAGCGGGGGCACAGAUUUCCUGAGGGGGUCCACACCACAGAGAUGGACUUUUCCCUGGCUCCCAAGAGACUCUUUCAGUGGUGGGCCAGAGCCCUCGGCCUCAGGGGCUGCUCUUCCAGUUCAGGCAGGGCUUGGUGGGUGUUGGGUGGCCCUUCAGGGAGCCUCAAAUUAUUUAGGGGUUUGAAGGCCUGGAUAAUUGCCUUGAAUAGGCAGCCUGGCUCUGGAAUAGGUGUCAUGCCUGACUCUUAUAAGGGGCUAGGGGGAUUGGCCAAAUCACUUGCUUGCCCACUCAGAGGAGCAUUUUAGCCUCACAACACAUCUGCCAGGAAGGGUCUGGGACUGUGCAGGAAGUCCUGUGGUGUCCUCUUGUUUCCUUAGAAGGUGAAUCGCUCCUUGGAAAGGAACAUCUGCCAGAAGGAGCUGCCCUGCCAGGAUUUUGGGAAGGUAGGACAAGAGCCAGGAAAUGGAGGGAUCUCUCUUGCCUGGCUGAUGUGGCAUGGCAGAGAAAGUUUUGCUACUUGGCCCACUUUUGGUGGAAUCAUGGAGGUGAAACAUUGGAAGGGACCCCAAGGGUCAUCUAGUUCAACCUCCUGCAGUGCAGGGAUCCCUGACAGUGAGAGCUCCUUGUGUCCUCCUUCAUUGUCAAGGCCCGGGUGCAACCUGGGCGAAAGAGACCCCUUUUGCUGCCUGUCCACAGUGGCUUUGAGCCCCAUAUCCCUGCUCCUCUGAGCCUCUUCUUGACAUCGAUGGAGGCAGAAGAGAGAUGAGAGAGUCUAGCUGGCCUGACAGUCAGGUGCCUGCGCAUGAAAGGGCCUUGCCUCAGGUGGGGCAGGAUGGGGGCUGAUCUGGGCCUCCCUUUAAACCGGGGUAGGGAGAAUUCUGCUCCAAACGCCUGCUUUGUGUGUUGCCAGGCUCCCGUUGGUCUCCCGCGUCCAGGUCUGGAGGACUUUGCCGAGCUGCAGCGUGAGGAGAUUGAGACCCUCUCCAGCCCCUCUGACCUGGAGGCGAUGCUGCAAAGGAUGGAGGAGAUUGAGGUAUGUUGGAGCACGAGCUUUUUCCUUUGAGAAGGAAGAGGCUAUGGGGUGGGGAGCUUCCCAUGGCUUUUCUUGAAUAAAAGCCCUUGAGAACUGGCUGGCAUGGAAGGCAGCAGCAUCCUGGAGUGGGGCAGCCUUGCUCUUGUGUGUGCCGGGGGUUGGGGGAGGGAGGUGAUGGCUGAGGCCAUGCUUGAUGUCUUAACAUCAAGGCCCCUGUCCCAUAGCAGACAAUCCCUUCCCUGUUUUUGGUUAAAUAUUUUUUAUUAAUUUUCAUGGAAAGGUUCUACAAAACUCUGCAAAACACAGUCUUAUCAAACAGGAUCUGAUGGUAUGCAUAGUCUCCACAUACAAUGAUAGUUCACCGUAGAACAAUAGCAGUGAGGCGGUGUGCUUUCAAACGCCCUACCUCUUGACACCAGGGCCCAGUUACAGCCUCCCGGCCUGACAUACCUCACAGGGUUGUUGUGGGGAUUAAAUGAGGAGGAGAACCAUGGACACCACCUUGGACUCCUUGGAAAGUAAGAUGAGAUAUAAAUGAAGUGAAUUAAUGAAUUAUCUUUUCUGUCCUGCAGCGCUCCCAAGAGGCCGUCCGCAGGCGGUACCACCAGAUUGUUUACUCUGAUGCUGAGUUCUGGGGUCGGCAAGAGAGAUGGGGUGAGUGUCAGGCUUUGUGUUUUGGGGUUUGUAGGAAAUAAAGGAGCAGAGGGUGACUGAAGACCCCCCAAAAAAAUGCAGGCAAGGGGAUGCCAAGAGAUCAAGGAACAACCCUGCCUUCUGUAUGUGCUUCUCAAUUUCCUUCCACAUGUAUUGGAGGUUGUGUUGCUGCUGUUGUGCCACCUCUGACUUGCAAGAGGAAAACUGGCUUCUUGGGGUGGUUCUUGGGUUGGAGCAGGUGACCCAUGAGGUGAGGAUUCCUGGAAAGAACAUAAGAUGAGCCUGCUGGAUCAGGCCAAUGACCCAUCUGGUCCAGUAUCCUGUUCUCACAGUGGCCAACCAGAUAGCCAUUAUGGGAAACCCUCAAUCAGGAUUUGAGCACAAGAGCAAUUUCCCUUUGUGCAAUUUCCAGCAACUGCUUUUCAGGAGCAUUACUGCCCCCAAUUGUGGAAGCAGAGCAUGGCCAUCAUGGGUAGUUGCCAUCAGUAGUCUUAUCCUCCAUGAAUUUGAUCUUCUUUCAAAGCCAUCCAGGUUGGAAGCCAUCACUGCCUCCUGUGGGAAGGAAUUCGACAGUAACUGUGCUGCAUGAAUAAGUCCUUCUUUUUCUCUUAAUCUUCAAAUGUUCAUCUUCAUUGGAUGUCCAGGAGUUCUAGUGUUAUGAGAGAGGAAGAAAAACCUGCCUCUCUAGGAAUGUGGGAACAGGAAAGGCAGAUGAGGAAAGGUGUGCAAAGCUCCCCAGGUUGUAGCAGACGGUUUCUCAUCUUCCUGAUUUUUUUCUCCACUGCCCAGAGAGAGAAAAUGCAGAGGCAGGCCAAGAGCCUGGGACUCCCCAUCCCAUCCAGAUCACGAGGCGGGAGAGUCACCCAGAGCCCCAAGUGGACAUUGUGCUGGAAAGACCCCUGGACACCAAGUGAGUAGAGGAUCCAGGAAAUUAAUCAGCGCUGCUGAUUGGGCUGAAAGCCACCUGGUUGGGUGGGUUGCCGUGGAGUCACGGAAUGUUUAUGAAUAUUCUAAUAGCCUAGAGGUCAUGUGAUAGUUGGAAAGGAAGAUCGGAAGGCAGCUCAAGGUACCCCUCUGCUGCUGGGUUCUGGGGCAGAAGGAGGGGCAGAAAGGGGGUCACUAGGGAAGGCACCUGCCAGAGCAAGAAGACGCUGGCAUUCCUGGUUUCCAAAGCAGCCACUAAGGACACUCACAAGAGGAAGAUGAGCUUUUUCCAUGGUGUGGGAAGGGGUGGCAGCGAGAGGAGCCCUCCUUCCUUAGAUUCUUUUGCCUUCUUUCCCCUGGAGGGUCCAGGAGGUAGGGGAGAUGAGGGUCCUGGAUGCAGCAGUGCUGAAGGGACCAGAGGCAGGCUGGGGCACCUAAGGGGCUAAGACACGAUUGGUGUCAGGAGGGGCUGCUGCUGUUGGCCCAAAGGGGAGGCUGGCCAGAGAGGCAGAGGCAGAGGAAAGAACCACAUGGGAGGAGUCUGAUGUUUCUACAUAAGAAGAGCCUGGCUGUUGGAUCAGGCCAACGACCCAUCUAGUAGUCCAGCAUCCUGUUCUCACAGUGGCCAACCACCGCACUUCUCCAGUUAGGUCUUUGGCUCUUGACCUUUCUGGGUCUGGUUUUGGGGCUCCUGCCGUGCCAAGGAACGGCCACUCACUUUGUGUGGUUGUGCUUCCAGUGCUGCGGAGGAGGAGGAAGAGAGUGCUGGGAUGGAGGAGCUCCUGGAGCCCAGGAAUGGGACUCUGCCGCCUUCGUCAUUGCAUCCCCGCCGGAAGGAGGCUGGCGUCUUCCUCUCCGUCCCUAAGAACAUGCUGCAGAGCAUUCACGAUUACAGUGCUCGAUACAACCAGCACCUGAGGUGCAUCUCCCAUGAGGCAGUGGGCAGCUUCAACCCCUGGCGAAUCGCAGAGAGGUACUGGAGGAGGAGUUGAGUCUGCUUGACAAGGCUUCUUUUCACUUGUGUUGCAUCCAUUGGGAUUCCUCAUGACGACACCAGGGGGCGCACCAUGCACUGCCAAAGAAGGAUCCAGUAUCUGUAUCACAGCAAUGCCUUUAUUAAGCCUUUAUUAGGUCACAAAAUAGCAGGGAUGCUUUCUAGUUUUCCAGAAGCUCUAUAUCAGGGCAGAUGGCAAAAGAAAAAGCAAAGAAUUCUGGGAGGGAACCUUCCCUGCAGCCACUACCCAAUAGAAUUAGAAUUGUGGAGUUGGAAGGGACACCAGGGGUCAUCUAGCCUAACCCCCUUUGUUUUUACCUCUGCAUAUGAAUCUGUCCCUUUGUGAUGAUAAAUGGGGCUUCUGCUUCCCAGUUGGAGGGGGGUUGAAAUGAAAAAUGGGGUUUGAGGUGUCCAUUCUUGUGAUGUCCUCUUUAGGCGAGGGCCCGUGUGGAAUAGUGUUUAGCAUGCUGCACUGGGAGAUACCAGAGUUCAAAUCGUCAUUCUGCCAUGAAGCUCACUAGGUGUGACACUGGGGAUCAGUCCCUGCCUUUCAGCCUAACCAACCUUGCAGGAUUGUUGUGGGGAUUAAAUGGAGAGAGGGAGAACAAUACCCAAUUGGGUGUGACAGAGGCUACUCCCUGCUCUUGUGUCACAUGCUGGUGGGAUCCCUUCCAAGGGAAGUCUAGUCGAAUCUCCUUCCUUGUCAUUUGAGGAGCAGACCCUUGCAGGCUCUGGCAUCCCUCCCCAGCAAGCAGAUUGUGGCUGAGUUGCAGCAGUCCUCUGUGCCUGUAGUCCUACCUGUUGACUGUCUCUCCCUCCUGCUUCUCCCCCUGCAGCCUGGCCGAGGAGCUGACGGAGGAAGCCUUGGCGGACGUAGCCACGGAGCUGCAAGGCCUGUGUGAGGAUUACGCGGAAGCUGUCUUCACCUCGGAGUUCCUGGAGGCAGCUGAGUAG